AUGGAAUCCAAAUGUCCCAUUUGUUCCAAAUUAUUUCUGGACGAGGAGCUAGAGCUACAUGUAAAUUCAUGCUUGGACAAAGAGGAAAAACGACGGACCAAAAGAUUGAAGACAGAUAAACGGGACAAGAAGGUGGAUAAGAAGUCUGAUGCUUUUAAGGUGUUAGGUUUGAGAAUGAAAUCUACAGAUGAGAAGAAAAGUCAAGAGGGGAAGAAAUCAGGACCAAGUUUGACAUCACUUCUUAUUGCUGAGAGAAGACUCAAAGAGAAGAAUCGAAAAGAAGCAGAACAAUUGGCAAGAGAGAAAGGAAUUAUCAUAGAAGAACCCGCGUCUCAAACCAAAACCAAAGUGCCUGAAAGGAUAGAAAUAGCUACCCAGGUAAUUUCACAACCUCCUUCCAAACUACAAGAAACACUACAGCUACAUAGAGAAUCAAGACUCCCGUUGGCACAAAGGCUUCGUCCUAAAUCUCUAGACGAUUUUUUUGGACAAGAGAAAUUAGUGGGACCAAAUGGAUUAUUGAGAAAUAUUAUCGAAUCCCAAGAGAUCCCUUCAUUCAUUCUAUGGGGGGUCCCUGGAGUUGGGAAGACUUCUUUGGCUAGGAUAAUUGCCAAUUCAACCAACUAUAGAUUUGUUGAACUAUCUGGACCUUCCGCCAAUGCUUCCAAGAUGAGGGAGGUAUUCUCCAGUGCCGAAAAUGAUCGAGGUUUAUCUGGUUCAAGGACUUUGGUGUUUCUUGAUGAAAUUCAUAGAUUUAAUAAAGCUCAACAGGACUUGCUACUCCCUGUUAUAGAAAAAGGGAUUAUAACAGUUAUUGGAGCUACCACGGAGAAUCCAUCUUUUACUUUGAAUAAUGCUUUACUUUCAAGAAUGCACACAUUCAUAAUGGAAUCAUUGAGCCACGAAGCUUUAGUGAAGAUAUUGAACAGAGGUCUAUUUCUCCUCAAUCAAACAAGAAGACAAGUUCACAAAUUACAUUUAAUAUCGCUAAAUAAAGAAUGUGUUGAUUAUAUUGCUGACUUGAGUGCUGGGGACGCCAGAGUUUCUUUGAAUAUUUUGGAAACCAUCAAUGCAUAUUUGUCGGGAACAAAGUUUCAAGUUUUGGAGAAAUUUGAGCAGGAUCAAAUUGAAUCCCAAAAAUCAUUGGGAGUUGUCAAACUUACAAGGGAAAUAAUUGAGCCUUUGUUAGCUUCAAGAAACUACCAAAAAAUGUAUGAUCACCACGGAGAAUCGCAUUACGAUACCAUAAGUGCCUUUCAUAAGUCUAUCAGAGGGUCUGACCCGGACGCAGCGAUAUUCUAUCUUACAAAGAUGUUGGUAGGUGGUGAAGAUCCAUUAUUCAUCCUUCGGCGAAUGAUUGUGAUAGCAAGCGAGGACAUCGGAGUGAGAGAUAGUUCUGUAUUACCAUUUGUGGUAGCAGCAAAAGAAGCAUUUGAAUUCAUUGGAAUGCCUGAAGGAGAGAUUAUUUUGGCUCAUGUGGCUGUACGUUUGGCAAAAUCUCCCAAAUCAACCAAAUCAUACAGAGCAUUGAGAUCAGCACAAGCCUUGUUUAAGGAUCAGCCUGCUGCUACCUCUUUCAAAAUACCCAUGCAUUUGAGAAAUGCACCCACGAAACUCAUGAAAGAAAUGGGCUAUGGUGAUACUUAUAGGUAUAAUCCCGAUUUCGAAAGGGGGGUUGUUUUACAAAAAUAUUUACCGGAAGAGAUUAAGGAAGUGAAAUUCUUGGAUGAGACUCAUCUAGGAAGAACUAGAGAUCCGUUAGUCAAACCAGAAGAUUAUAAAAGGGCCAAAGAAGAUGAACAAAUAUACUUGAAGUUCAAAAAUGAAAGGAAAACCCUUAAAGAGAAAUCAAUAAAAGAUAGACUACAAAAAGAUGUUGAAGGAGAAGAAUCACCCGAAGAUCUCGAAGGUGAAACAUCCUUAUACCCUUACGACGAGUUUUUAAGUAAGGAAGAUCAACCUGAUUAUUUCGAUGGUGAAGAGAUUGAUCUAUACUCACAAAUAGCUUCUCAAAAACCUGACGAGAGCUACGAUGAACUCCUAGCAGAGGAAGAACAUGCUUAUGAGGAGUAUGACUCUAAUGUAUAA